UAUCUUUAAUGAUCAAAUAAAUUUCCACCUUUUCUGUAUCUCUGUUUAUUCAUCCUGCGACAUGUGAUGAGUAUCCGAAUUCAGCUUUGUUUGUCUUGAUUGCGAUUCUGACUUGCGCACAUCAGCUCUAGGCUAUAAGCCAAACUAGGCUCACGCUCUGUAUUUAGCAGCAAGCAACUGCAAAAGGGCAUCGGGGUUUGCAAACCAGAUUGAGUAGAGAACAACAAUGGCGAAGAAGAACAAACCAAGUCUUUCGCUUUCUCACUUUGUUGGGGUAGUGGUUUUUUCUCUCUUCUUCGUUCCAAAAUCCGUUUUGGGUGUGAAACAAGAGCUACGUUUUGGAAAAAAUGGUGAGUUCAAAAUACUGCAAGUGGCAGAUAUGCACUUUGCAGAUGGCAAGACCACGCCUUGCCUUGACGUGUUCCCAAAUCAAAUGCGUUCUUGCUCUGACCUCAACACUACUGCCUUCGUUGAGCGCAUGAUUCAAGCUGAGAAACCCGAUUUUAUUGUUUUCACUGGGGAUAACAUCUUUGGCUUUGAUGCCACCGAUGCUGCAAAAUCACUGAAUGCUGCCUUUUGGCCAGCAAUUGAAUCGAACAUCCCAUGGGCUGCUGUUUUGGGGAACCAUGAUCAAGAUUCUACUUUGUCAAGGGAAGGAGUCAUGAAACAUGUUGUUGGCCUUAAGAAUACUCUCUCUCAAGUCAACCCUGCUGAGUCUCACAUCAUUGAUGGUUUUGGGAACUAUAACCUGGAGAUUGGCGGGGUUAAAGAUUCAUGUUUUGAAAACAAAUCAGCUCUUAAUCUUUAUUUCCUUGAUAGCGGAGACUAUUCCACCGUUCCGGCAAUCCCUGGCUAUGGUUGGAUCAAGCCCUCUCAGCAGCUUUGGUUCCAACGCACUUCUGCAAAGCUUCGGAGAGCCUACAUGAGACAGCCAGAGGCUCAAAAAGGACCUGCACCUGGGCUGGUGUACUUUCACAUCCCAUUGCCUGAAUUUGCAAGUUUUGAUUCAUCAAACGUCACAGGGGUGAGACAAGAAGGCAUUAGCUCUGCUUCUGUGAACUCGGGUUUCUUCACAACCAUGGUAGAAGCUGGGGACGUGAAAGCUGUUUUCACAGGACAUGAUCAUCUCAAUGACUUCUGUGGUGAGCUUACUGGUAUACAACUUUGUUAUGCUGGGGGUUUUGGAUACCAUGCCUACGGGAAGGCGGGGUGGUCAAGGAGGGCAAGGGUGGUGGUAGCAUCCUUGGAAAAGACAGAGAAAGGAGGUUGGGGAGCUGUCAAGUCUAUCAAAACAUGGAAGCGCCUUGAUGAUGAACACCUUACUGCUAUAGAUGGUCAGGUCCUUUGGAGCAAGAGUCGUGCAGGAGUACGUAGAAAGAAACAGGUUGGUGAUGCUGAGUGAUGAGCACAUGAGAUGGCUUACCAAGGGGAAGUAAGUUUUGAAUCAAUUUAAGUGGGAAUGUUUCACAUAUUUUGUAACGUUAUUCAUAGAUUUUGAUAUACAUGUCCUUGAAGUAAAUGAAAAAAGUAAAGGUAAUUACAAAAGGCAAUAAAUGGAUAAUCAUGCUUGAGGAAGGUUCAAGAAUUUGAUCAUAAAAUGUAAUAUUUAAUGGUCUAUGGAAAUAUGAUUACUAGA